UCACGUAAUUUUAAACGACUCCAUAAUAAUGAAGACAUCACACGAAUUGUAGGAUCAAAAUGGCGGAUAAGUGUUUCUUUUCUGUGAUAUUUCUUAUAAUCUGUUGUCUUACUCUCGUUUUAUCCAACACUCCUACAAAAUUCAAAACCUGGAUGGCUAGCGAGCCAUACUUAUCUUACAACAAGCGAAUUUUUCCACGCCUGAAUCAAAAUGACAAUGUUACUGUGGAAAUCAAAUAUUACCUCAUCGCCAUCAACGGUUUUGAUGAAGUGGCUGGACAAAUGGAAACUGCGGGCUACAUGAAGGUCAAGUGGAACACGGAACUUCUAACUUGGUCCUCAACAGACAUUCCGUCUAUUACCUUACCACAAGAUAAUUUCUGGCUUCCAUCUUUAGUGGUCUCUAAUUCUGUGAAUUCGCUUUUUGAACUGGGGCAUAAGAGUUACCCCGUUAAGAUAGACAGUAAUGGGGACUGUGAAUGGACUGUGGGGAUAGUGGCCAAGACAGCUUGUGCAGUUGACGUUUCUUAUUAUCCAUUCGACGUUCAAAGUUGUAAAGUUACGUUAAAUCCAUGGGGAUUCAAUGAUAAUCAGAUUUAUCUGAUGGCUACAGAAACUUCAAUCGAUCUGACUCAUUACAUGGAGAAUGUCCAGUGGGAAAUUGUCCAGACUACAGUGGUAUCAAAGUCCGUCAGCAGCACAUCCUUUCUGAACCUACAAAUAGAAAUGAAGAGACGCCCAGGCUACUUCAUUGUUAACAUGGUCAUCCCUAUACUUAUUCUUGGACUUCUUAAUGGUUUGGUCUUUCUUUUACCAGCAGACUCGGGAGAAAGAGUCGGGUUCGCGAUUACAGCUUUCCUCACAUUUGCAGUAUUCUUGACGAUGGUCUCCGCAAAUUUACCCAAAGCUUCGGAACCUAUGUCCCUUUUGUGUUAUUUCUUGACUUUAAUGUUAAUCAUGAGUGCCUUGUCCUGUGUCAUCACAAUUAUGACUCUGAGGGUUUACCAUCAAGAUGAAGGUUCUGAAGUCCCAAAAUGGCUUCGACACGUCGUCUGCUUUCUCAACUUUGAAAAGUUUAAGAAAUGGUUCUGUUCGUCGAAAAGAAGCAAAAAUUCUAUCCACGCUGACAAUGAGGCUUUUGAAGAUGAUGAAGACGACGACGAAAUGGCGCCUCCACUCCAACAGAAGAUCGGGUUCGGUGAUGACAAGUCUGAAGCCUCGUCAGAGGACACUAAAGAAGAAGAGGAAGACGACACGGCACAUGUCACAUGGAUCAAAGUCGGCAAAACUCUGGACAUUUUCUUCUUUACGCUAUUUGUGCUUGGAACUGUAAUCAUCACAGUUUUCUUCUUGGAUUACCUGUGGAAACCAUCGUUAGUCUUAUCCAAUUCUGUCGAAUCCUUGAAAGAACUCGGGGACCAAAGCUACAGGAUUCGUAUAGACAAUUAUGGGAAUCACGAAUGGGUGGUCGGGAUUGUAUCGAAGACGGCAUGUUCGGUUGAUAUUACUUACUAUCCUUUUGAUAAACAGUCCUGUAACAUUACUUUUAAUCCAUGGGGCUAUACCCAAGAUCAGAUUGACCUGGUCACUGAAGAUACCACAGUUGACUUGACCCAUUACCAGGAAAACGUAGAGUGGACCAUCUCUAGCACCGUGGUGGAUAAAAUAAUUCUGAAGAAUAAUGUCUACCUCAACUUUGUUCUCAAACUAGAAAGGAAACCUGGGUACUUCAUCAUCAACAUGAUUAUUCCUAUACUUAUUCUCAGUCUCUUGAACGGACUUGUAUUUUUACUUCCGGCGGACUCUGGUGAGCGUGUAGGGUAUGCCAUUACAGCUUUCCUCACUUUUGCAGUUUUUCUUUCCAUGGUUUCUGAAAACCUUCCGAAAGCGUCCGAGCCUAUGUCUAUGCUGUGUUAUUUCCUUACACUGAUGUUGUGUUUGAGUGCACUAUCCACAAUCAUCACAAUCCUAAUUCUCCGAGUUCAUCAUCAGCAUGAGGAGUCGGAAUGCCCGAAAUUCCUACGCCACAUCAUCGCAUUUAUUAAGUGUGAUAAAUGCAAAAAGUGGUGUUGUAACAAGAAAAAUGUCAAGGAAAUUAACCCGGAUGACGAAGAGGAAGAAGAGGAUGAAAAUGGCGACCUCGGAGAGAACCCGGAUGACACAAAACAUAUUACAUGGAAGGUUGCAGCCAGGGUUUUGGACUAUUUCUUUUUCCUUGUAUUUCUUGGAGCAACGUCGGCUAUUUCUGUUUUGUUUCUUAUUCCACUUGCAAUGGCUGGUUGAGAGACAGAUAGGGAGAGAGAGAGAAAAAGAAAGAAAGAGAGAAAUAGAGAGAGUGUGUGAAUAACGUCAUUAUAUUAAUGUAGCUUUGAAAAUUAAAUUGUAAUUUCGUUUAUUACUUGUACAUUGUAUUAUUGUUUGUUGCCUUUAUGAUUUUGUUACAAGUGUAUGUUCAUAGUUGUGUACCCGUAACUAUGAAAAGAUACGCAAAAAUAAUUACGUAAAUAAAAAGUUGUUUCACAGAGUAUAUUAAAAUUUAUAUAACUUAAUUUGUUUUAUGGAAAGAGAUAGCUGCAGAUUUGUAGCUCUCCGAAAAAAAAAUUAUAUUGAAAGACCGGAGAGCUACAGUGCCACCCAUUGAAAAAACUGUAUAUUUAUUGCGCACAAAAUAGUGCGCUCGGUUCUUGAUUAAUUCUUCCUUAUUCUUACCUCAACUGCAAAAAAGGGUAGAUUUAAAUAAAUCCUUUCUCCUCUAUCAAGUUCUCUUGUAGUUGACAUCUGAACGAAGCAUAUUGGACCGAAUUAUCUUUGAAACCAAAAUGGCAGUAUGAAUAAGUGAAAUGUUCUCUCAUUACAAUAUCAGGGUCAGGAGGACCGAUAACAACAAUUAUGAGGAGUGUUUGGUUGUGGAAACAGCGAGAAAAUAUGUGAGGAACAGUUGGUAAUAUUUUGAGAUCACAGUUUUAAAAACAUGGAGAAAUAAAUCGAGAACCGAGCGCACUUUUUUGUGCGCAAUAAAUAUACAGUUUUUUCAAUGGGUGGCACUGUAGCUCUCCGGUCUAUCAAUAUAUUUUUUUCGGAGAGCUACAGAUCUGCAGCUAGGAAAGAGAGAAAUUGUCGAUGGGGUUUAAGUUAAAAGUAGGAAGUUUUAGUCGUGGCUUCCUUUUUUAAUGUCUUCAUACAAAAUGUAAUUUAUCUCAAAUUUUAAAGUUAAUUUUUCUAAAUUUUGUUGUGUUUAUGUUAAGUACAUGAAAAUCGGAUACAAUAU